AUGGCCGACAAAAACGAUAUUCUUGAUGGAAAAUCUGGGGUAAUUCAUGAUGAGCACGUCGUGAUUCAAGAAGACUCGGAGACGACCUGGGAAUGUCUCAAGGCUAACCCAAAGAUUGUACUGUGGACUCUAUGGGCAAAUAUUGGUCCUUUAAUGGUGGGAUACGAAAACCUAGCCAUGUCGGUCUGCUUGGCUAUGCCUGCCUUCCAAAUGAGAUUUUCUGUCAAUGUCAAUGGCGAGCUCAUUAUUCCUGCUUACUGGCAAUCCCUUUGGAGUUCCAUGUACAAUGUCACAACUAUGCUUGGCUCUGUCGCGGCAGACCGCUUUGGCCGGCGAUCAGUCUUUCUCGCCUCCAUCAUCAUCGCAUCAGCCGGCAUUGCGCUGACAUUCCUUUCCAAGACUCCAGCCGAGUUCCUUGGUGGCAAGAUGACCUCCGGUUUCGCGAUGGGUUUGAUCCUAGCUGGUACCCAGACUUGGGUCUCCGAGAUUGCACCACUACCUAUGCGGGGCAUUGCCCUCUCAACAUAUGCAAUCAUGUUGAACCUCGGGCUCCUACUUGCUAUCUCGGCAACCUUCAGCCGAGUGUCCAUCAUGAAUGAUUCGGCUUUCCGUCUUGUGUUUGCUGCAGCCUGGACCUUCCCUGGCUUACUAGCCCUUGGACUUCCUUUUAUGCCCGAGUCACCUUAUUGGCUAACUUCCAAGGGAAAACAUGAUCAAGCACGACGAUCUCUUGUGCGCCUUUCAGCAAGUGAGGAGGGCAUAGAUGCCAGAUUAGUCCAGAUACAGCAUUCUAUCGAAACCGAACGCCGGCUUGAGGCUGAAAAGACAUCAUAUGUUGAGCUGUUGCGUGGCACCAAUCUACGUCGUUCUCGCAUACUGCUCAUAUGCAUGUAUAUGCCUCAGAUAGUUGGAACUGUUCUCUCCUCCAACGCGCCUUACUUCCUCAACCAAACUGGCAUGGACAACCAUACCACCGUUAUGCUUUUGCAGAUAGCUGUCAGCUGCGGUGUUGUCUCGGCUAUCAUGAACGUCUUCGCCAUGCUGAAGUUCAACUACCGGACACUGAUGUUCUUUGGGGUCAGUGUCUGCCUCGCUAUGUACUUGGCCAUGGGUAUUGCGGGCACCAUGUCACGUACACCAGCAACACUGACUGUGAUUGGCGUUGCGGUUGCGUUUCCCAGUCUUUCGUAUGGGCCUGCUGUUGGGGCGUCCAUGAGCGUAGCUGGAGAAGUGUCCUCUAUCAAGCUCCGUGCCAAGUCACUGGCUCUAGGUCAAGCCUUUUCGUCUAUUGUGUCAACUAUUUGGCAGAUCAUUUUGCCAUAUCUGUUUAAUCGAGACCAGGCUGACAUGGGUGGAAAUAUAGGCUGGAUAUUUUUCGGCAUGGCAGCCAUCUACUUUGUGGUGCUUUAUUUUGAUGUUCCAGAUACAAAAGGUCGGACUUAUGAAGAGCUGAAUCUUAUGUUUGAGAAGGGGGUUCCUGCGCGGCAAUUUGGCUCCUAUAGGCUAGAUAACGCGAAUGAGCUUGCGGUAUAA